AUGAUGAACUUCCGUCAGAGGAUGGGAUGGGUGGGCGUGGCUCUCUACCUGUUGCUCAGCGUCGUGGUGGCAUACUAUGUCUUUGAGGUUCACAGCUUCAGUUUGGAGCAUGUGCAGAGAAGCAGGGCCAACCCCUCGGCUCCGCCCCUUGCCAUCAGCUGGUCUCAGAGCAUCAGUGCUCGUCUGCCGCCACUUCCAGUCUGGAUGUGGGUGUCAGUCUUCCUGCUGCCGUACCUGCAGCUCUUCCUCUUCCUGUUCUCCUGUACGCGAGCGGACCCUCGCGCAGUUGGUUACUGCGUCCUUCCCGUCUGCCUCGCCCUGCUCUGCAGCCGCCGCCAAGCCACCCACAAACCAGCCAAUCAGAGAGGCCCGCCGCUCAUUGACACAUAG